AUGGGAUGUGGCGCGUCAGUGUCACUGGCGGUGCUGUUUCCACUUUCAUAUGUCGGCUUUCUACAUAUAGCUGAUCAUGAUGGUACUGAUCGCAAUCAUCCCCAAUCAAUACAAAAACGAUCUAUCGCAGCUGUUGUGAACAAUGUGCUUUCCGUUGCGAUCACUUACUUUGUGCUGUGGCAGGUCAGGUGUGCUCUUUUUUUCAAUAGGGACUUUAUAGUUACGUUUGAAUGCAUAACUAUAGAUCUGGAUCCCAUCUUGAAGUGGAAUCAUGAUUCGGCAUCCUUGAAAACGUCCUCUUGUCAAGAUAAGCUAAUCCUGAAGACAGUGAUGUCAGGGAUAUUGAUGGCAUUUCAGCGAAAUGACUCAUCACCAAUUCGUUCAAUGGGAUUUCGACCAGAAGGCACGUUGGCAGCUAUUGUGUGGCCAGGGAUUUUGAUUGGAGUACUGUACACAGGACAAUGGGUUCUGUUAACCCUUGAUGGGCAGUUACGAUCAAUGUUUUCUGUGAGUGAAUGGAAAGUGUCCUUACGGCAGCACACGUGGAUUCGAGAUGUUAUAGUGGGACCAGUAACUGAAGAAAUAACGUUUCGAUGCUGUUGUGUCGCUUUGCUAAAAGAUUGUGUAUCACCAACAGUGGCAAUUGUAGCCGGUCCAUUACCUUUUGCAUGUAGUCACCUUCACCAUAUUGGUGAUGAUCGACGUCGUGGCUAUACUUGGUCACAAGCGGUUGCCAGAAGAGUCUUUCAACUUGCGUACACUUAUGUAUUCGGAGCAUAUGCCACGUAUUUGUUUCUGAACAGUGGCCACGCUCUUGCACCUAUUGUUACCCAUGCAGUAUGCAAUUGUAUGGGAUUGCCUCUUUUCAAUGAAAUAGGAUCGUUUUCCAAGCGAUGGCAACGAGUUCUGCUCUGGACAGCGUACGCGUCAGGAAUGUGUGGCUUUGUGAUGCUUCUUGGGCCAUUAACAAGGCCAGAACUCUACCAGAAGUGGUAA